ACUGCGCGGCCGAGCCCAGGCUACGCUGAGAACAGCUGCUGCGACGCCCUCCAGCAUUGCGCGCGGCUCUCCUCGCGGACCUGCGCUGGGCGGGGGAGGGGCGGCCAGGGGAGGGGAAAGCGGCCGGGCGGGAAGGGGCGGGGAGCGCGCUCCUGCGGCGGCAGCGGCGGCGGCUGUCCUCAUCCCGGUGGCCCAGCGCUUGAGCGGACUCGGGGAUUCGCAAAUGGCUUGUCCCGCCCUCGGUCUGGAAGCUCUUCAGCCCUUGCAGCCCGAGCCGCCCCCUGAGCCUGCCUUCUCCGAGGCACAGAAGUGGAUCGAGGUUGCUGAAUGCUAUAAAGCCAGGACUUGUUAAAAAGAUCAAUAGAUUGCCUACCCCCAUUGCAGGAUUGGACAAUAUCAUCUUAUUCUUGAGAGGUUGUAAAGAGCUCGGCCUUAAAGAAUCUCAACUUUUUGACCCAAGUGACCUCCAGGAUACAUCAAACAGAGUAGCAGUCAAGAGCCUUGAUUAUAGCAGAAAGCUGAGAAAUGUAUUAGUUACCAUUUACUGGCUGGGAAAAGCAGCAAAUAGCUGUGCGUCCUAUAGUGGAACUACACUGAACCUGAAGGAAUUUGAAGGAUUGUUGGCUCAGAUGAGAAAGGAGACUGAAGACAUUGAGAGUCCUAAGCGAAGUAUCCGAGACAGUGGCUACAUCGACUGCUGGGAUUCCGAGCGCAGCGACUCCCUCUCUCCUCCUCGGCACGGCAGAGAUGAUUCCUUCGACAGCCUGGAUUCCUUUGGCUCCCGUUCCCGGCAGACACCUUCCCCAGAUGUAGUCCUCAGGGGAAGCAGCGAUGGGAGAGGAAGUGACUCUGAAUCUGACUUGCCUCAUCGGAAGCUGCCAGAUGUGAAGAAGGAUGAUAUGUCUGCGCGGCGGACUUCCCACGGUGAGCCGAAAUCAGCAGUGCCUUUUAACCAAUACCUCCCGAACAAAAGCAACCAGACAGCCUAUGUCCCCGCUCCUCUGAGAAAGAAGAAGGCAGAGCGAGAGGAGUACAGAAAGAGCUGGAGUACAGCCACUUCCCCCCUGGGUGGGGAGAGGCCCUUCAGCUAUCCUGAAACAAUAGUGGAAGAGAGAAGUGAAGUGGGGUCUCCUUUUGAAGAGGACCCAGUCAGCCAUGUGGACCUUGGUAGGAAGCCUUCUAAUGGUGGGUUAGAAUUACCCAGUGGCAGUGGUAAGGAGCAGCCUCCUCCAGAGGGGGCCACGGUGGCACCGGCUCCCAAGCCUGAAGAAAAAGAUGCCGUUGAAAUCCAAAAGCGCAGAAGGCUAGAGCAAGCUGGAAUCAAGGUCAUGCCGGCAGCACAGCGCUUUGCCAGUCGAAAGCAAUUAAGUGAUGACAAAGAAGCUGUUCGUGAUAUUAUCCUGCGCAAAGAAAACUCGUUCCUGGCUCACCAACAAGGCAAAGAUUCGGAGUCUAAAGAUGAAGUUGCAUGUCGGCUGCCUGAUCUUGAGAAAGAUGACUUUGCUGCAAGGAGAGCAAGGAUGAACCAGAUCAAGCCAAUGGUGCCGUUGAAUCAGCUGCUGUAUGGGCCUUACCGAAAAAAAGAGCCAGAGAAAUCAGAUGGCAGCAAACAACUCUCAAAGGGAAUCUCAGAAAGGAAAACUCUAGAAUUUAAAAGGAACCUGGGCCAAACACAAAAGGUGAAGGCAAAAGUGACCUGUAUUCCUCGAGCUCAGGAGAGUGAACCUGUGGAGGAAGGACUCAGGAAGGUGCCUGAUCUUUACAAGGAUGACCUGGCACAGCGGAGGAUUCAGGGCAGCCUCACUCCGCACCGUGAGGCUCCGAGCUUUGUCACAGUCUCCAAGAUAACAGAAGCUGACUUGGAGACAUGGGAGAGGCUGAAAGUGUCAGAGAAGACAAGGGAUGGAGAUGUUCAGCACAUCUGCACCCCUGAGCCUUCACCAGAAAUCAAAGCAGAAACAGCCAUCCGUGAUGACUUUGCCAGUCGCAAAGCAAGGGCCUAUAAAAAAUCUUCUAGCCCUCGGCAAAAAUUUGUGCACUUUGGACCGGUGACAGAGAUAGAUCAGCAGAAAUGGAAGCGGCUCAGCAUUGGCAAGUCCGGGCCUAGGGAAGAUGGAGAAGAAGUCGUCAGUUACAGCAGCAAGAUUCAAGCUUACUCUGUGUCCCCUGCCUCAGUGGCUGCUCCCAGCUCAGAGGAAGACCACAUGCUUAACCCACAGAAUGACUGCAGCACAAUAGGGAAUUCUGGCAUAGAUGACUAUGGUAAAAGGGUCUCAAGGCUGGCUCCUGUGUUGGAGACUCAGGAGGAGGACGUCUGCGGCUUGGGCGAGUGCCCAAGGAAAACCGAGGAAGUUACAUCCAAACAGUUGCCACAGGAUGGAAAAGAAGGGAACGAAGGAGUUGCUCAAAGAGAUUCUGAGAUACUGCCAGAGGCAGAAAGAUCUGAGGAGAGAAGCCAGCCACUUUGGUGCCCUCUGGCCUCUGAGUGUGAGGCUUCAGGGGCAGAAGAGAACUCAAAGAAGGUGGCAGCUCCUACCUGGAAUGGCAGUGGAGUGAAAGACCGAACAAAGCUGUCUGACUCACGAAAAGAUGACAUGAUGGCCAGGAGAACUGGGGUGUCCCUUAGACACACUGGAUUCAACCCAAACCAGUUCCUUCCGGUUCCAUUUGCAAAACAAUAGGAUGUGGAGGUAUCAACCAAGUGUCCAAUGGUGCAAGAUAAGAGAUACGGUCCGAGAACUCCUGUGUCUGAUGACGCAGAGAGCACGAGCAUGUUUGAUGUGCGCUGUGAGGAAGAGGCUGCAGUACAGCCCCACAGCAGGGCCCGCCAGGAGCAGCUGCAGCUGAUAAAUAGCCAGCUGAGGGAAGAGGAUGACAAAUGGCAAGAUGACCUGGCUCGAUGGAAGAGCCGCAGAAGAAGUGUUUCUCAGGACUUAAUCAAGAAAGAGGAAGAAAGGAAAAAAAUGGAGAAGUUACUGGCUGGAGAAGAUGGGACACGUGAACGAAGGAAAAGCAUCAAAACCUACAGAGAAAUUGUUCAAGAAAAAGAGCGGAGAGAGAGAGAAUUGCACGAGGCGUACAAGAAUGCUCGGACCCAGGAGGAGGCAGAAGGGAUCCUUCAGCAAUACAUUGAGAGGUUCACCAUCAGCGAGGCUGUUCUUGAACGCUUGGAGAUGCCAAAAAUUCUGGAAAGAAGCCAUUCAACAGAGCCAAACUUAUCCUCCUUCCUGAACGAACCCAACCCCAUGAAAUACCUGCGGCAGCAGUCACUGCCUCCACCCAAAUUCACUGCCACUGUUGAAACCACCAUCACUGGUACUGGUGUUCUGGAUACCAGCAUGUCAGCAGGCAGUGGGUCUCCAAGCAAAACUGUCACUCCCAAAGCAGUGCCUAUGCUGACACCCAAGCCUUACUCCCAACCCAAAAACUCUCAGGAGGUUCUGAAGACCUUUAAGGUAGAUGGGAAAGUCAGCAUGAAUGGAGAAAUGGUUCAUGGAGAUGAGGAGAAGGAAAGAGAGUGCCCUGCAGUGGCACUUGCCCCCUCCUUAACCAAAUCCCAGAUGUUUGAAGGUGUGGCCACAGUGCAUGGGACCCCGGUGGAGUUGAAACAAGACAACAAUGGCAUUGAGAUCAACAUAAAGAAGCCAAAUUCGGUUCCCCAAGAACUGAAAGCAACCACUGAGGCAGCUGAACCGAACAGUCAGGAUGAUGAGAAUGAUGGUGGAAAACCAGAAAAUGGGAAUACAGAAUUUGCCUCAUCAGAGCCACAGCAUUUUACAACAACCGUGACUCGAUCCAGCCCAACUGUGGCUUUUGUGGAGUUUUCCUCCAGCCCCCAGCUAAAAAACAAUGUGCCAGAAGAAAAAGAUCAGAAGAAACCAGAAAAUGAAAUGAGUGGAAAGGUGGAGUUGGUGCUGUCACAGAAGGUAGCAAAGCCAAAAUCUCCAGAACCAGAAGCAACUCUGACAUUUCCAUUUCUGGACAAAAUGCCUGAAACCAACCAACUACAUUUGCCAAAUCUCAAUUCUCAAGUGGAUUCUCCAAGCAGUGAAAAGUCACCUGCAGCUACACCUUUUAAAUUCUGGGCAUGGGACCCGGAAGAGGAGCGCAGGCGACAGGAAAAAUGGCAACAGGAGCAGGAGCGUUUGCUUCAGGAGAGAUACCAGAAGGAACAGGACAAACUGAAAGAAGAAUGGGAAAAGGCCCAAAAGGAGGUGGAAGAGGAAGAACGUAGAUACUAUGAGGAGGAACGCAAGAUAAUUGAAGACACGGUGGUUCCAUUUACUGUUUCUUCAAGUUCUGCAGACCAGCUGUCCACGUCCUCCUCCAUAACUGACAGCAGUGGGACAGUGAAUAAGAUGGACUCGGAAAACUGUCAAGAGGAAGAACAAGAGAGAAGACAGAAGAAACCAUUCCAGGGGGAUGACAAUGACUUAUUGCUUAAGAACGGGGAAAGUGACCCACUGGAGGAAAAGAGGAGCCUAACUCAAGGGGCCCUGGCUCAUUCUGAGAACCCUGUACCAAAAGGAAUCCACCAGGACCAGCAGCUGGAAGCAGAAGCUGGGGCUCCACACUGUGGGAUGAACCCACAGCUAUCUCAGGAUCCAUCCCGGAAUCAGCAGGUAUUAAACCCACCUAUGCACAUUUCAGAAGAUGUGAAGCCAAAAACCCUCCCGCUGGAUAAAAACAUUAACCAUCAGAUUGAGUCUCCAAGUGAAAGGCGGAAGACAAGCCCUCAAGAAAACUUCCAGGCUGGGCACUUGUCCCCCUGCUCUCCCACCCCUCCUGGCCAGUCACCAAACAGGUCUAUAAGUGGGAAGAAGCUGUGCUCUUCCUGUGGCCUUCCUUUGGGUAAAGGAGCUGCUAUGAUCAUCGAGACCCUUAAUCUCUAUUUUCACAUCCAGUGCUUUAGGUGUGGAAUUUGUAAAGGGCAGCUUGGAGAUGCACUGAGUGGGACGGAUGUCAGGAUCCGAAACGGUCUUCUAAACUGUAAUGAUUGCUACAUGCGAUCCAGAAGUGCUGGCCAACCUACAACGUUGUGA